CACACUUCUCAAGCCUUAACAGAGCACACUAUAGUUUUCUUUGUUACUUAUGAGAAAAAUCUGAAUUAAAUGAGGCUGUGAGUAUCCGAGAUCUAGUAAUGGCUGCCACACGCACAGGAAGGUUCGUUUUGAAGUACAACUUGAGCUAUUUGACUCUGUGUGUUAAUGGUGAAAGAGGAACAGAGAGAUAGUUAUUGGUCUCAAAAGCAAAGUUAGCUAGAAGCUGGAUUGAUAUGUAUCCUGGUUUCUUCAUUUGCAAGACAAAAACUAUUCUCGACUUUUAAAAUAAUAAUUAGAAAUUAUUCAAAUAAUUAUGUUAAAGUAUUGUUUAUUGAUAUCAAUAACUGGCCUUCUAGGCCGAAGAGAAUACUAUCAUCGGCCUGUCAUGUCUUAUAUUUGCUGUAGUGGUAUGUCACUAAUGCGAAGUUGUAUUUUCUUGCUUAAAUAGUAGUGCUCUUGGGUGACCUUGUAGACACAUAGUAUUUGUAUGUUGAGACCAAAGAAUGUGCGUUAGAUAACUUUUGACUAAUUAUGUACAAGUUCCAAGUGUGUAUUUGUAGCAUCUCAACCUGAUCAUCUGGCUUAUCACUGCCGUGGAAAUGUUACCAGAAUCAAAAGUGUUAAGACUAAUAAGUUUACAUAUACGGAGAAUCGAUUUCAUAAUUUACAAAACUAAAGGUAUAUGGUGUAUGUUUUUGUUCAACCUUUGUUCCCAUAUAAAUAUCAGUGGUUUUAUCCACUAGUCUUAAGAUUUAGUCCUACCACGUCCCAGUAAGUAGUACGUUACGUGUUAAUUUAAAAUUUACGAAGAUGAGUUCAUAAAAAAUGUUGCUAACAGAAUAAAUAUAUUUUCUUGUGGAAAAGCCAAGGAAAUAAAGAUGAACCAGUCCAUGGCGCCUUGACGCUUAGUUGCUCAACCAAAAAAAAAGAGCCAGUCCUUGGCGCCUAUAAACGCGGUUUUGUUUGUAAUUUUGUCGCUGUUGCCAAAGUCUUCGACAUCUACAUCACAGUUAAAUGUCAACUCGCUUCACUUUUUUUUUCUCUCUUGUAAAAAUGUUCUCUCUUUUUUUUUUUUUUUCCUUUAAAUGUUCUCUCUUAUAUGAUCUACGCGCUACAUUUAUUUUCUUGGGGUAAAAUAUUAAAUAUCUACGCGCUAAAUAACAAUAUAUAUACUAACCCUCGCAGGGUAAUCAUUUUAUUACAUUCUAACUUUUGCUCUAGCUAGUUUUCUUGAGGAAAGAUGCAGCCUAUCUUCCAUGCGAUCCUUCAAAACGAACUUCCAGCUUUUCUGAGUUUGGUGAGGGAGAGAGACUCGUGGCUAGAGGAGAGAAACGAUGAGCAACACAGCAACACGGUGUUGCACAUGGCUGCGAAGCAUGGACGUGGAGAAUUCGUAUCAAAGAUCAUCGAGCUCCGACGACCUUCCCUCAUAUGUUCCCGUAACGCAUACGGGAACACACCUUUGCAUCUCGCUGCUCUCUUUGGAGACGUAAACAUAAUUAUGACGAUGUUAGAGUUUGGACCGGAAGCCUGUUCGGCCCGCAACAACAACAACCAAACACCCCUCCACUUAGCUUGCCGCAGCAUUUCUGUGGAGUCUGCCACACUUUUUGCGGAAACGAUACAAUCAGUCGGCCUCCACGAACUCAAUUUCGCCAUAUUAAGUGGAAUGGCUGGGACUAUACUGGAGAGAUUCCCAGACCUAGCUAGGGAGGAAGCUUGGCCUGUCCAAGGCGGCUCGCUAUCAUCCCUGCUGCACCAUGCGUGUGACAGAGGAGACCUUGAACUGACAAGAAUAUUGUUAGGGCUCCAUGAAAGACUAGAUGAAGCUCUUGACACCAACGGUUUAUCACCUCUGCACCUGGCGGUCCUCCGAGGCUCGGUUGUAAUCCUGGAGGAGUUCUUGAACAAGGCUCCGUUGUCUUUCUACUCUCUCACGCCAUCAAAAGAGUCAGUCUUUCAUCUGGCUGCAAGAAACAAUAACAUGGAUGCCUUCGUUUUCAUGGCGGAGAGUGUGGGCAUUGACAGCCAGAUUCUUUUGCAGCAAACAGAUGAAGAUGGCAACACUGUCUUACAUGUUGCUGCCUCCGUGGCUUGUGGUGCUCCGUUUGUGCAUUACAUUCGUAAGCGUACUGAUAAACGCUGCAAGAACAACUUCGGGUUUGCAGCUUAUCAACUGAUUCCUCAAGAAGCCGUAAACUUUGAGUUGUUAUCACGCUGGCUGAGGUUUGAUACCGAGACUCCAGAAGAACUGAAUAGUGAAGAGUACGAUGGUCACUCUAGACCAAUCCAACAACAAUCUCUAGGACGAGUUAAAUCUUUAGGUAUCCGCGGAAGAUCUGAUGAGGACCAGGUAAUACGGAUGCUUACGCUAAUCGAAAUAAACACAUCUGAGAUCGCAGAGAGAAAGAGAAGAAGUAAAGAAGAGAAAGUGAAAAGAGAUCAUGAGGGCUUGGAAUAUAAAAUGCAUAUAGAAGCAUUACAAAAUGCAAGAAAUACUAUUGCCAUAGUCGCAGUUCUGAUUGCUUCAGUUGCUUAUGCCGGUGGGAUAAACCCUCCAGGCGGCGUCUACCAAGACGGGCCAUGGAGAGGCAAAUCCAUUGUGGGCAAAACAACAGCAUUUAAGGUCUUUGCGAUAUGCAACAACAUUGCACUCUUCACGUCCUUGUGCAUCGUUAUUCUCUUAGUUAGCAUUAUACCUUUCAAGAGGAAACCCUUGAAGAGAUUACUGGUGGUCACACACAAGAUGAUGUGGGUUUCUGUAGGGUUCAUGGCUACAGCUUAUGUUGCGGCGUCUUGGGUGACCAUACCACAUUACCACGGAACACGAUGGUUGUUUCCAGCCAUUAUUGCCAUUGGUGGUGGAGCUUUAGUGGUACUCUUUUCUUACCUCGUAGUUGAGACCAUCGGUCAUUGGUUUAGAAAGCUGAAUCGUGUGGGAGAUAUACCGUCCUUUGCAAGUACCUGUUCAGAUUUGGCCGUCUCAGGAGUUUCUGGCUAUUUCACCUAUUGAAAUAUUUUGGAGAAGUUGCUUAUUUUUCACCAGUUCAAAUUUACCACUGUGUUGUUUUCCCC